AUGGACGAGAUGGAAGAGGAGCUCAAGUGCCCGGUGUGCGGCUCCUUCUUCCGGGAGCCGCUCAUCCUGCCCUGCUCGCACAACCUGUGCCAGGCGUGUGCCCGCAACAUCCUGGUGCAGACCCCCGAGGCCGAGUCCCCCCAGAGCCGCCGGGCCUCGGGCUCCGCCGACUACGACUACCUGGACCUGGACAAGAUGAGCCUGUACAGCGAGGCCGACAGCGGCUACGGCUCCUACGGGGGCUUCGCCAGCGCCCCCACCACCCCCUGCCAGAAGUCGCCCAACGGGGUGCGGGUCUUCCCCCCCGCCGUGCCGCCCCCGCCCCACCUGCCCCCCGCCUCGGCCGCCUCCCUGGCCCCCGUGCCCCGCAACGCCUGCCUGACCUGCCCGCUCUGCCACCGCAGCCUGAUCCUGGACGAGCGGGGGCUGCGCGGCUUCCCCAAGAACCGGGUGCUGGAGGGGGUGAUCGACCGCUACCAGCAGAGCAAGGCGGCCGCCCUGCGCUGCCAGCUGUGCGAGAAGGCCCCCAAGGAGGCCACCGUCAUGUGCGAGCAGUGCGACGUCUUCUACUGCGACCCCUGCCGCCUGCGCUGCCACCCGCCCCGCGGGCCCCUGGCCAAGCACCGCCUGCUGCCCCCGGCCCAAGGCCGGGUCAGCCGCCGGCUCAGCCCCCGCAAGAUCUCCACCUGCACCGACCAUGAGCUGGAGAACCACAGCAUGUACUGCGUCCAGUGCAAGAUCCCCGUCUGCUACCAGUGCCUGGAGGAGGGCAAGCACUCCAGCCACGAGGUCAAGGCCCUGGGGGCCAUGUGGAAGCUCCACAAGAGCCAGCUGUCCCAGGCCCUGAACGGAUUGUCGGACAGAGCAAAGGAAGCCAAGGAGUUCCUGGUUCAGCUCCGAAACAUGGUGCAGCAAAUCCAGGAGAACAGCGUGGAGUUCGAAGCCUGCCUGGUUGCCCAGUGCGACGCCCUGAUCGACGCCCUCAACCGGAGGAAAGCCCAGCUGUUGUCCCGGGUCAACAAGGAACAUGAGCACAAGCUUAAGGUGGUGCGAGACCAGAUCUCCCACUGCACGGUGAAGCUACGCCAGACGACGGGUCUGAUGGAGUACUGUCUGGAAGUCAUCAAGGAGAACGACCCCAGCGGAUUCCUGCAGAUCUCCGACGCGCUUAUCCGGAGGGUCCACGUGACCGAGGAUCAGUGGGGGAAGGGGACGCUCUCCCCGAGGAUGACGACGGACUUCGAUUUGAACUUGGACAGCGCGCCUCUGCUGCAGUCCAUCCACCAGCUCGACUUCGUGCAGAUGAAAGCUUCCUCCCCAGUGCCGGCCCCGCCGAUCCUGCAGCUGGAAGAGUGCUGCACCCAUAACAACAGCGCCACCUUGUCGUGGAAGCAGCCGCCGCUCUCCACCGUGCAGGUCGAGGGGUACAUCCUGGAACUGGACGACGGGAACGGUGGCCAGUUCAGGGAGGUGUACGUGGGGAAGGAGAUGAUGUGUACCGUGGACGGGCUUCACUUCAACAGCACCUACAGUGCCCGGGUCAAGGCCUUCAACAAGACAGGGGUCAGCCCCUACAGCAAGACGCUCGUCCUGCAGACCUCUGAGGACUCCGAGCCUGAGGAGCAAGCCCUGACCUUCCCCGUGCCUUUGGAAAGGUUGCAGCUGCGCAGAGCCAGCCCCUUCUCUUCCACCCUAAACCUGCAAAACAGCUUCCCGGGGAGAUCCUACUUUGAGCUCCGAUCCUCAGCCCACCAAAUGAGCUUGCACUCUUCUUUGCAGUCUCUCAAUUCCGCUGGUUUUGAUGCUCAGGCAGGACCUUUCUCUCAAUUAGUUGAUAUUAAAAAACUGGUAGCAGUCGCCUGGUUCUCCUUCGACCCCAGCACCGCCCACUCCGACAUCAUCUUCUCCAACGACAACCUGACUGUCACUUGCAACAGCUACGACGACCGGGUCGUGCUGGGCAAGACCGGCUUCUCCAAAGGGCUCCACUACUGGGAGCUCUCGAUUGACCGCUACGACAACCACCCGGACCCGGCCUUUGGGGUGGCCCGGGUCGACGUGCUCAAGGAUGUCAUGCUGGGGAAGGAUGACAAGGCCUGGGCCAUGUACGUGGACAACAACCGGAGCUGGUUCAUGCACAACAACUCCCACACCAACAGGACCGAGGGAGGCAUAACCAAAGGGGCCACUGUGGGCAUCUUGCUGGACCUGACCCGGAGGACCCUGACUUUCUCCAUCAACGAAGACCAGCAGGGGCCCGUGGCCUUUGAGAACUUGGAGGGCAUCUUCUUCCCCGCAGUCAGUCUGAACAGGAACGUGCAGGUGACGCUCCACACCGGCUUGCCAGUCCCGGACUUCUACCAUUCCCGGGGUGCCAUGCAGUAAGGACGG